UGUCCUCUGAGCGCGCGGGCUCUGUUCUAUUGGAUGCUGAGAGAGUCGCACAGAAAGAGAGAGAUAGAGAGAGAGAGAGGGAAACAUAUGUUUCCCAUGCCAAUAAAGCCCUUAAAUAUAAUUCAAAUGAAAUUGAAUUGAGAGGAAGAGCAAAGAGUGAGAGAGAGAGAGAGAGCGAAGAGCCGACUGUGGGGUACAGAAGCGCAGUUCUCACCACUAAGCCAACAGCUGAGAGUGAACCGAAGAGAGGAGAGGAACCAUAUUCUGACUGAGAAAACCAGCUCACCUCACCUGCCACUGGAGAAGAAGAACGGAAUGCUAUCCCUUUCUGGAGGUGUAGCCUAAUCAGCAGCACUAGCGGGAUAUUGCCUAAUCACUGAACACGGAAAUAUUUCGUUUCUUUCUCCAUGGUGGAUAUUAUGUAGAGCGGAGAAAGCAGAGAGCAGCAGUCUUGGGUUUAUUAAUUAUUUUUUCUUCCUCUGUGGAUUGUGAGUCUGUGUGUUUGGGUCGUCAGGGGAAUAGGGGAGCAGUGCACUGCAUACUGAUCUGGUUUUGGGAAGAAUAAAGGAAUACCGGGAUUUAACGGGACGGGGAGCGCACGGCCAGAACAGCGAAGCUUCAGCGGGUUCAGAUGCAUGUGUAGGAGGCCCCAGCCAUGACAAUAACGUGUGAAGGUGGGCCCAGGGCCAGUGUGUGUUCAGGCCUUUGGAGGCCACGGUCUCUCCUCCUGCUCUACACGGUCCUAGAGCUGGUUGUGGUCCACUCCACCCCGGUCCUGGGAGCUCUGGAGCUCCAGCUGGAUGAGGAGCAGCCGGCAGGGACCAUCGUAGGGGACAUCAGUGCUGGGCUACCCCCCGGCAUCACCGCCUCGCUGUACUUCAUCUCCGACCACGAGGGGACAGGUGUGGGCAGCGACCUCAACAUCGACGAGACCUCCGGGAUCAUCACCACGGCACGCCGCCUCGACCGCGAGCAGAGGGACCACUACAGCUUCAUCGCCGUCACCAUGACCGGGGUCACAGUCGAAGUGUCCGUCACGGUCAACGACAUCAACGACCACGCGCCGGCGUUCCUCAAGCCAAAGGCAUUGCUGAAGAUCCCGGAGCAGACGGCGGUGGGAACACGGGUUUCCCUGGAGCCGGCGUCGGACGCGGACCGCGAUCAGCUGACCACCCAAGGAUAUGUGAUUAAGGAAGGCAAUGUGGGGCAAGCCUUCAGGCUGGAGACCAAAAGAGCUGCUAACAAGGUAUGGGAGAAGAGGUCUUCGUACAGCCUGGUCCUGGAGGCCUUCGACGGGGGGAGUCAGACGCACCGGCCUGAUGACCUGGAGGUCUCUGUCACGAUAAUGCACGCCCCGUCUUCAACCAGAGCAGAUCAGCGAUCAUCUCAGAGAGUUUACACAGGGAAGCAACAUCUGCAGGUGUUUGCGUCCGACGCUGACGAGGGAGACAACGGUCUGGUUCUGUACGAGAUCAACCGUCGCCAGAGCGACCCUGACCGCUACUUCGUCAUGGAUACGAGGUCGGGGGUCAUCACUCUGAACCGUCCGCUGGACUACGAGUUGAAGAGAGUCCACGAGCUGGUGGUACAGGCCAGAGACAACGCCAGCCACCCUGAGGUGACCAAUGCCUUCGUCACCAUCCACGUCCGAGACUACAACGACAACCAACCSACCAUGACCAUCAUCUUCCUCAGCGAAGACGGCUCGCCGCGUAUCUCCGAAGGCGCCCAGCCCGGCCAGUACGUGGCACGCAUCUCGGUGACCGACCCCGACUACGGAGAAUACGCUAACGUUAACGUUUCGCUCGAGGGAGGGGAUGGGAAGUUCGCCCUGACCACCAAGGACAGUAUUAUCUAUCUGAUCUGUGUGGACCAGGUGUUGGACCGCGAGGAGAGGGACACGUACGAGCUGAGAGUGAUGGCAACAGACGCAGGCACCCCUCCUCUCAGGGCUGAGUCGUCCUUUACUAUCCAGGUCACUGAUGUGAAUGAUAAUCCACCACUCUUCGACCAGCAGGCUUACAAACAGACCAUCCCGGAGGUCGUCUACCCAGGAUCCUUUGUGCUCCAGGUGACGGCCCGGGAUAAGGACCAGGGGCCCAAUGGGGACAUCCGAUACAGCCUCCUCAAAGACAAAAAGAGCCACUCCGAUUGGUUCUCCAUCGACCCAGUGACGGGGAUCAUCACCACGGCGAUGGCACUGGAUUAUGAGUCGGAGCCAGCGCCCAGCGUGACGGUGGUUGCCACGGACAACGGGCGGCCUCCUAUGUCGUCGACGGCGAGGGUUGCCGUGGUGCUGCAGGAUGUAAACGAUAACGAGCCGGUGUUCCCUAGUAACUUCUACAACGUUACGAUCAAGGAGAAUACAGCAGUCGGGACCUGCUUCUUAGAGGUAGGAACAGCUCUGUCUGUCUGUCUGUCUGUCUGUUUUCUCUCUGUCUAUCUCUCACUGCUAUCUUGUUGUUCUUCCUGUGGAUAAAUUGAGCAUUAUAAUAAGAGCAGCAGCUGUGAUGUGUGUGUAACAGGAAUAUAUAUGAGUA